CGGAUUCUGUCUGACGUGUUUUUCACCUCUGCGUGGAUCGUUCUUGUGGAUUGGAAUCGAUUCCGUAGCUAUCUUCGGAAACUUUUCACCAGUUAAUUAUGCUGCUUAAGUGUUAAUUUACGUGAAAAGGUGAUAAAAAUCAAUCAUCGAAUAGUGGGACACCGAAUCGUAUUAAAUAUAGCAAGCGAUGACGACCUACGAGGAGUUCAUCCAGCAGAACGAGGACCGCGAUGGCAUCCGGUUUACGUGGAACGUCUGGCCGUCGAGCCGGAUCGAUGCCGGCCGGCUGGUGGUCCCGCUCGGAUGUUUAUACCAACCGUUGAAGGAGCGCCCGGACCUGCCUCCGAUCAUGUACGAUCCGGUCGUAUGCACCCGGACCACUUGUCGGGCGAUCCUGAAUCCGAUGUGUCAGGUUGAUUACCGUGCCAAGCUGUGGGUGUGUAACUUCUGCUUCCAGCGGAACCCGUUCCCUCCGCAGUAUGCGGCUAUUUCGGAACAGCAUCAACCGGCGGAGCUGAUCGCGGGAUUCAGUACCAUCGAGUACACGAUAACCCGGGCCCCGUGCCUUCCCCCGGUGUUCCUGUUCGUGGUCGAUACUUGUAUGGACGAAGAGGAAUUGAAUGCCUUGAAGGAUUCCCUUCAAAUGUCGCUGAGCUUGCUUCCGGCGAAUGCGCUCGUUGGACUAAUUACCUUCGGUAAGAUGGUUCAAGUGCAUGAGCUCGGAACGGAUGGUUGCUCGAAGAGCUACGUAUUCCGAGGAACGAAGGAUCUUUCAGCCAAGCAGAUCCAAGACAUGUUGGGAAUUGGACGCGGUCCGGGGCCCAAUCAACCCGGACAACCUCAGCAGCAGAUGAGGGUGCCGGCUGGCCCAGUACCUCCAGCAAACCGCUUCCUCCAGCCACUCAACAAGUGCGAUAUGGCGUUGACAGAUUUGCUUGGGGAACUACAACGCGACCCGUGGCCAGUUCAGCAAGGAAAACGUUUCCUUAGGUCUACAGGCGCCGCCUUAUCAAUCGCCGUUGGACUGCUGGAAUGCACCUAUCCCAACACUGGUGCUCGGAUUAUGAUGUUCCUUGGUGGCCCAUGCUCUCAAGGACCCGGUCAAGUGGUCGAUGAUGAACUGAAGCACCCCAUUCGUUCGCAUCACGACAUCCAGAAGGACAAUGCCAAGUUCAUGAAAAAAGCGAUCAAACACUACGAAGGCCUGGCACUGAGAACUGCCACAAACGGACACUGCAUUGACAUUUACUCCUGUGCCCUGGAUCAAACCGGUUUGAUGGAAAUGAAACAGUGCUGCAACUCCACCGGUGGACACAUGGUCAUGGGAGAUUCAUUCAAUUCAUCCUUAUUCAAACAAACCUACCAGAGAGUAUUUGCGGUGGACCAGAAAGGAGAUCUGAAGAUGGCCUUCAACGGCACCUUGGAGAUCAAAUGUUCCCGCGAGUUGAAGAUCGAAGGCGGGAUUGGAUCGUGCGUGUCCCUCAACGUCAAGAAUGCGUCCGUAUCUGACUCGGAGAUUGGAAUGGGUAACACGGCCCAGUGGAAGCUCUGCACGAUGACACCCAACAGUACGAUGGCAUUUUUCUUCGAAGUGGCCAAUCAGCAUGCGGCGCCCAUCCCACAAGGCGGACGCGGUUGUCUUCAGUUCAUUUCUCAAUAUCAACAUUCCAGUGGACAGCGGAGAAUUCGUGUCACCACCGUCGCACGGAGUUGGGCUGACGCGACCUCCAACCUGCACAUGAUCAGUGCAGGCUUUGAUCAGGAAGCCGCUGCCGUACUCAUGUCUCGAAUGGUUGUCUACCGAGCGGAAUCGGACGAUGGCCCCGACACUCUCCGCUGGGUCGAUCGCCAGCUCAUUCGUCUCUGUCAGAAAUUUGGCGAAUAUGGCAAAGACGACCCGAACAGCUUCCGUCUGGCGGAGAACUUCUCCCUCUUCCCACAGUUCAUGUACCACCUCCGACGGUCCCAAUUCCUCCAGGUGUUCAACAACUCACCGGACGAAACGACCUUCUAUCGGCACAUGCUCAUGCGGGAAGACCUCACCCAGUCGCUGAUCAUGAUUCAGCCCAUCCUGUACUCAUACUCCUUCAACGGUCCACCGGAACCGGUACUGCUGGACACCUCGUCGAUCCAGCCGGAUCGGAUCCUGCUCAUGGACACCUUCUUCCAAAUACUGAUUUUCCACGGCGAAACCAUCGCCCAGUGGCGCAGCCUCAAGUACCAGGACAUGCCCGAGUACGAGAACUUCAAACAGCUGCUGCAAGCCCCGGUGGACGAUGCCCAGGAAAUCCUGCAGACGCGUUUCCCCAUGCCGCGGUACAUCGACACGGAGCAGGGCGGAUCGCAGGCGCGCUUCCUGCUGUCCAAGGUCAACCCCUCGCAGACGCACAACAACAUGUACGCGUACGGACAGACGGCUGCUCCCAUGGCGGAUGGCGGAGCCCCGGUCCUCACUGAUGAUGUAUCACUGCAAGUAUUCAUGGAACAUUUGAAGAAGUUGGCUGUCUCAUCUACCACCUAAUCAUCGAGAUGGAAACAUGAUGGUUUGAUGUGAAAAAAGUGGAAUAUUAGAUCAACUCAAUUCAGCAUGAAAAAAUGUGGCGACAAUUAUUUCAUCAUCUACUGUUCUAAUGCAACAUUGGAAGUUCACCGUUGAUGAGUUUUGUUAUGUAAUCAAUGAUUGACUGUGUUGGACCGUUCAUUAACGUAGUGUGGAUAAUAAAUAUGUAAUAGGAACGCAAGAAACGAUGAUGCCAUUCAAUUGAAAUGGAUUGUGUCGCAAUGGCAAGACAGACGGUUGAAAGCGAAGAGGUAAUUGAGAGAAUUGUGUUUCUAGAUUAUUAAUGUUGGUAAACAAGUCUAUAUAACUGCUUAAGUCUAUAUAAAUUGCGAUAAGGGACACGA